GGCCGACGAAAGCAAAGCAGAACAGGAGACGAGACGGAGAAGAGAGGAAGAGAAAGGGAGGGAGACUUUGAAUUCCGCUGUCGUUCCCUCCCUUUAGCCCACUUUGCCGCCCCCCCCCCCCCUUCUCUCUCUCUCUCUCUCUCUCUCUCUCCCGAGGACUGCACAAUGUGAGCCUGUCAAUGGAGAGGAGACCAAGAAGAAGAUGGUGUUGAAGAAGGAAGAGCGAAGAAAUCCUUUCCUCACUCUCCCUUCCAACACUCCAAUUAGAAAUGCGUGAUCUUUGCUGAGCCUUAACUCGAUUCACUUCGAAACGGUGCGGCUCUUUGCAUUCCGUGGCCUGUUCUCGUUCUCCUACUACCAAGCUACAAUAAAUGAGACUAUGUCUUCAUUGAUCAAGAAGUUGGGCGAGCGGUGGGCCUAAAAUGGAGCAUUAUGAGGUUUUGGAGCAGAUAGGAAAAGGAGCAUUUGGGUCAGCUUUGCUGGUGAGGCAUAAGGUUGAGAACAAGAGGUAUGUCUUGAAAAAGAUCCGUCUUACACACCGGACAGAAACGUCCUGUUGGUCCGCCCACCAGGAAAUGGAGCUUAUUUCUAAUGUAAAAAACCCAUUUAUCGUGGAGUAUAAAGAUUCAUGGGUUGAAAAGGGCUGCCAUGUAUACAUCGUAACAGGUCAUUGUGAGGGAGGUAACAUGGCUAAAGCCAUAAAAAAAGCCAAUGGACAUCUUUUUCCUGAGGAGAAGCUUUGUAAGUGGCUCGUCCAGCUCCUUAUGGCACUUGAUUACUUGCAUCAGAAUCAUAUUCUUCAUUGUGAUGUAAAAUGUUCAAAUAUAUUUCUUACAAAAGAUCAAAGCAUACGUCUUGGUGGUUUUGGGCUUGCUAAAAUACUAACCUCGGAUGAUUUGGCUUGUUCAGUCGUAGGAACUCCUAGCUAUAUGUGCCCAGAACUUCUUGCCGAUAUACCUUAUGGUUCCAAGUCUGAUAUCUGGUCUCUUGGCUGCUGUAUAUACGAGAUGAUGGCCCUCAAGCCUGCAUUCAAAGCAUUUGAUAUGCCAGCUUUGGUGAACAAAAUUAACAAGUCCAUAGUGGCUCCUCUACCAAGUUCUUUCUCUGGUCCAUUUAGGGGACUCACUAGAAGCAUGCUUAGAAGAAUCCCUGAACAUAGGCCAAGUGCCGCAGAACUGCUCAAGCAUCCACAUCUUCAGCCUUACGUUCUUCAAGUCAAUUUAAAGUAUCAUCCUACAUGGAAAAUGCUCCCUGUCCACCAAGCUACCAAAAGGCACAUCAGAAAAAUCAGAUUUGAAAAUGAUGAAGAUGAUGCCAUGUAUAAAGACAAGGACAAAAGAAAAUCUUCAGGAAACGAGAGGAUCUUGACAGUGAGCAAGCCUAUGGAGGACUCCAUAAGUUCAACUCAGACUAUUAAAGAUUCUUCAAAUCGUCUGAACCAAAGAGUAAUGGAUCUUUCUGCAGGAAGCAGUCGAGCUGCAGAGAGAGGUAUUGACAAAGCAAUUGGUGAGAAGCACUCAAGUACUGUGAAAAAAUACCUUCCUGCUAAAAUCUUCAUGACUCCUAGGACUCAAGUGGAGCCUACAAAGGCAUUGCAUGCUGGACCAAAGCGUGACGUGCUUGCAUUGCGAAUUCCAGCAGAUAGGAUUGAACAAACCACUCGAAGAGCCUCUCUUCCUUUACCUUCAUUUGAAACGCAUUCCAAAUGCAAUUUCAGCAUUUUCCACCAAUUGGAAUCCCCUGAUGUCUCAGUCAACUCCCCUCAAAUUGGUAGAAUUGAAGAAUUUCCAUUAGCCUCAUCGGAAGAUCCCUUAUCAUCUAUUCAUAAACUCUCUUCAGCUCAUGGUUCCUCAACCACCCCUCAAAACUAUGGAGAUCAUUCAAUCACCAAGGACAAGUGUACCAUCCAAAAUUCCCAAACUGAAGGAAACAACAGGAAAGGUCCUUCAGACCAGAAUUCAACAGCUGCAGAUGCCUCAAGCCGGGGAUCAUCAGAGUCAAGGCAGCAUAGGUUUGAUACCUCAUCGUACCAGCAGCGAGCUGCGGCCUUAGAGGGAUUGCUUGAAUUCAGUGCUCUGUUGUUGCAACAGGAAAGGUUUGAAGAGUUGGGAAUCUUAUUAAGGCCUUUUGGUCCUGGAAAGGUCUCACCACGGGAAACAGCGAUAUGGCUAACCAAGAGCUUCAAAGAAAAUCUACUGUGACUCAAUCACUUGUGUCCAUAUACUAUACUUAUUGACGCUAGAUCUCAGUAGGUCUUGCAUCAGUUUUGUAAUGUGAAAUAGUUUUAUAGGCUGACAAUUUAGCUCAAGAUUAGUCUCUACAGGUAUCAAUAUUGUUCCUGCCUUGUAAGUGCAUUUGCUGGCUUGAAUCAGGAAGAUUUCUGGGUGCA